AUGCCAAACAACCGAAGGAAACGCGAUACCAGCGAUGAACCCAAGGUAGGCGAUGGUGGUGCUGACUGCAAUGACACAAACAAGAAGAGGUCCAUCGCCAACAAACUCACUUUCAGCGACGCUGCAAUCCAAGAUCCACAUCUCCUCAUGAAUGGUGACGAUGAUGAGGUCCAGGUGGAGCCUCAACAAACCCAAGUGGAUGGGAGCGAGACUAGUAAGUCCCAGUGGACCGCCCACCACAGUGAUAGAGCUGGGGACAUUGAUGUCUCACCUCAACAGCAUCUACUGUUGUGGGUUGAGGACCAGUCAGGCACGUGGUGGAAGCACUGCAGCAGCCCUGGCUACCCUGAGUACAAAUUCCGCAGCCAUUUCCAGAUGGGUUGGGAAACCUUUGACAUGAUAUGUGAUGUGCUGGGAUCGGCGAUCGCCAAGGAGGACACACCGCGCCGUCCCGCCAUACCCGUGCGCCAGCGUGUCGCUGUGUGUGUUUGGCGCCUCGCCACCGGUGAGUCCCUCCGCGCCGUCUCUGACCGGUUCGGCCUCAGCCUUUCUACCUGCCAAAAGAUUGUCCUCGAGGUCUGCGCCGCCAUCUGCCAGAGGCUUAUGCCCCACUUUAUUCGCUGGCCUGACCAGGCCACAGACUUCAAGAGCAGCUUUCAGGCCAUCUCUGGCCUGCCAAACGUCGUCGGUGCCAUCUAUACCACCCACCUCCCGAUCAUUAAACCAAAAUCCCAUAACUCGAGCUACUACAACCGUGGUUGGUCGGCGCGCAACGAGAAGCCCUCUUUCACCACCACUCUCCAGGGGGUCGUUGACCCUAACGGCAUUUUCACCAAUGUAUGCAUCGGUUGGCCAGGUGCCAUGCAUGAUGAUGAGGUCCUCAUCAGAUCAGAACUGCAGCAGCAUGUUGGAAACGGAAUGAUGGUGGUUGGUGGCUCUAGCUACCCGCUGAUGGACUGGCUUCUCGUCCCAUACACGCACCAAAAUCCAACGAAGGAACAACAAGUGUUCACCGAGAAGGUCAUGAAGCUCCGGCGCAUUGCCGUGGAUGCUUUUGCACGGCUCAAGGGACGAUGGAUGUUUCUGCAAAAGCGUGCAGAGAUGAAGACCUCAGAGCUCCCUUCCGUGAUCGGCGCAUGUUGUGUGCUGCACAACAUAUGUGAGAUGAAAGGGGAGGAGAUGGGUCCAGGGCUGCAGUGCGAUGUCAUCGAUGUCGAGACAGUGCCAGAGCACCCUGUGCAUUCUGCUAGCGCCAGCAAGGCCAGAGACAAGAUCGCGCACAACCUCUUCCAUAGCGGGCUGGACGGCGCCAACUUUUGA